AUGAACGUCAACCGCAAGUUCGACCGUUUCAGGCAAUGGGCCGGCGAGAGAAUGGGCGGCGAAGUCAAGACGAAUCUCUCCGACAACUUCAAGGCCAUGGAGACCGAAAUGAAUGUCCGACAUGAUGGCGUUGACCGCAUACACAAGUCGAUGACUAGCUAUGUCAAGUCCAUUUCGAAACGCAACGAAGGCGAUGACAAGGAGAAGACCCUGCCGAUUGCGCAUUUGGGCUCUAGUAUGAUUAGCCACGGAGAGGAUUUCGACGCACACUCCGAUUAUGGCCGUUGUUUGAUCACCUUUGGAAGAACGGAGGAGCGCCUCGCGCGCGUCCAGGAGUCCUAUAUUGCGCAGUCGAACUCGAGCUGGCUCGAGUCGCUGGAGCGGGCCUUGACACAGCUGAAAGACUACCAGUCUGCUCGGAAGAAGCUUGACAAUCGACGACUGGCAUAUGAUACCUCUCUGUCCAAGAUGCAGAAGGUCAAGAAGGAGGACUUCCGCAUGGAGGAAGAACUUCGCACCCAGAAAAUUAAAUACGAGGAGGCCAACGAGGAUGUGUACCGGCGCAUGAUGGACAUCAAGGAUUCGGAGGGAGAGCAUGUAACCGACUUGGAGGCGUUCUUGGACGCGCAGUUGGAAUACCACGAGCGGUCUCGCGAGGUGCUCUUGCAGCUCAGAAAGGAAUGGCCGAGCAGGUACGUCGGGUCAACCAAUGGAGAGAGACUCAAGAUUACUGACGAAUGGGCCAGCCAAUCUACUUCCCACCCUCCAAAUGGUCGUCGCGCGGGGCGCCCUCGUUCGAACACCGCGCAUUCGUACCAGGAGCGCUAUGAACCAGUACAGGAAGAACUCGUCAACGCCAUGGAGUCGCGACCCAUCAUCCGAUCCAACCGGGAACCCUCCCCUGUCUAUCCUGUCGACCCAGCGCCGCAGCGACCGAUUGCGGUGCGAACCUCCACCUUCGAAGGGCCCAUGCAACUGCGCCAGGAGCAGGCAUGGCCGUCUCGUACCGUCAGCGAGAACUACGGUCCCCCCCGGCCCGUGAGUCGGGUGGUCACCGACCCUUACAUGGAUCCGCCCGACGUAGCCGGUCAGUACCGUCAGAAUGGCGGCAGUCCAGACCGGUCGUAUUACGGACGGUCCAUCUCGCCCACACCUUCUUACGGUGAUGCCAUGUCGCGACGGACCAGUUCGAACACGUUGAAUGGGGCCACGCUGGCCAAGAAGGCGCCUCCCCCCCCGCCGCCGUCGCGCGCGAAGAAACCGCCACCUCCGCCUCCGAUGAAGCGGCCGAUUCUUAGUGCGACUGAGGUGUAG